CAGCCGGAUGGUCAGAUGCCCAGUGACAAAACCAUAGGAGGUGGAGAUGAUUCCUUUAACACAUUUUUUAGUGAAACCGGUGCUGGCAAGCAUGUACCUAGAGCUGUUUUUGUGGACCUUGAGCCAACUGUUGUUGAUGAGGUGCGUACAGGUACUUACAGACAGUUAUUUCAUCCUGAGCAACUCAUUACUGGAAAAGAAGAUGCUGCUAACAAUUAUGCUAGAGGCCAUUAUACCAUAGGAAAAGAGAUUGUGGAUCUAGUGCUAGAUCGCAUUCGAAAAUUGGCUGAUCUGUGUACUGGUCUACAGGGUUUCCUUAUUUUCCAUAGUUUUGGUGGAGGUACUGGCUCUGGAUUUGCAUCUUUGCUAAUGGAAAGACUCUCAGUUGACUAUGGGAAAAAAUCCAAACUGGAAUUUGCAAUAUACCCAGCUCCACAAGUAUCUACUGCUGUGGUGGAGCCUUACAAUUCUAUCCUUACCACACAUACCACAUUGGAACAUUCUGACUGUGCAUUCAUGGUGGAUAAUGAAGCUAUUUAUGAUAUAUGUCGACGCAAUCUUGACAUUGAACGUCCUACUUACACCAACCUCAAUCGUCUCAUUGGUCAAAUUGUAUCUUCUAUCACAGCUUCACUACGUUUUGAUGGUGCUCUGAAUGUAGAUUUGACAGAAUUUCAAACAAAUCUUGUUCCUUACCCACGAAUCCAUUUCCCCCUGGCAACAUAUGCUCCUGUCAUUUCAGCUGAAAAGGCAUACCAUGAGCAGUUGUCAGUGGCUGAGAUAACUAAUGCUUGUUUUGAGCCAGCUAAUCAGAUGGUAAAAUGUGAUCCUCGCCAUGGUAAAUAUAUGGCAUGUUGCAUGCUAUACAGAGGUGAUGUAGUGCCAAAAGAUGUCAAUGCAGCUAUUGCAACAAUCAAGACAAAACGUACUAUUCAGUUUGUGGAUUGGUGUCCAACUGGAUUCAAGGUGGGCAUCAAUUAUCAGCCACCCACUGUGGUACCAGGAGGAGAUUUGGCCAAGGUGCAACGUGCUGUAUGUAUGCUGAGUAACACUACUGCAAUUGCAGAAGCUUGGGCUCGCCUUGAUCAUAAAUUUGAUUUAAUGUAUGCCAAGAGAGCCUUUGUGCAUUGGUAUGUAGGGGAAGGAAUGGAAGAAGGAGAAUUUUCUGAAGCCCGAGAGGAUCUUGCUGCACUUGAAAAAGAUUAUGAAGAAGUUGGUGUUGAUUCUGUGGAAGCUGAAGCUGAAGAAGGAGAAGAAUAUUAA